AUGGGCUUCCUCCGCCGCAGCCCCUCAACCUCACGACGCAUGACCCCCAGCAGCACCAGCAGCAGCUCCCCCACAACAACACCACCACAACCACCCUCACAACCCCCAUCUACCACGAGCACCCCCACAACGAUCCCAAUGUCCGCCUCGCAUCCCCGCACCUCCACCCGCAAAAUCUCAAAACACACCCGCAAGACGCGAUCCCGAACCUCCGCCUCCACCACCUCCUCCUCCUCCACACUCUCCACCUCCGCCUCCACCUCCCCCUCACCAAACUUCUUCCACGACCACCCGCACCACCACCACCACCACCACCACCGCCGCCACGCCCGCGUCACAAUGGUGCCCACGACCUUCGCCCCCGUCAGCGCCUACUUCCCGCGCGACUACCAGUUCGAGUUCGAAGACGAGGGCUACGACAGCGCGUCGUCGUCCUCCUCGUCCGACGAGUCUGCCGUGGCGGUGGGGUGGCGGCCCGCGCAGGGGAGCCUCGAGAUGGAGUUCAUGUUUGGCGACAUGGACGACGAGUUUAUGGCGGAGCUGACGCGCGAGAGCACGCCUGCUGCGGGGGAGGAGGAGGGGGAGGGGGACGGCGAUGUGGUGAUGGCCGGCGCGGAGUAUCGGCCGAUGACGACGGCGUGGGGGGUCGGGCAGGAGAGGGGCGUGGGACUGGGGGGGAGGGUCGUGGAUGAGGAUUAUGACUAG